UUAAAGACUUCCUGUUGAAUCACCGAGAAAUGUCCUCGGAAAAAAAGGGCUCUUUCCCCGAGUGAGCGAGCCUCACCCAGUUAUGGCGCAGCAACAUUUUACAGCACAGUGCUCUCCUUUGUCUGUAAAGAAGCCAUUUUGAGACAGAGAACAGCAGAGAAACCAGUGAACAAGUGUAGCCUACAUACCACCAAAAGGUGUCUUCGGACAAAGGGAAGCAGUGAAAUAUACAAGAUUUCUCCCUAUAAGAUUCCUUUUGAUCGUUUAAGACUUGGAUUACAUGUUUUGAAUACUAACUGAGACGCUAUCCCACCCCUUAUUAAUGCCAUUAUUAGAGGAUCCGAAGAUGGAGCUGAAAACAUUCCUCCUGCCCCUGCGUUUAGGCCUGUUAACUGCAUUUCACCAAAGUGCUGAGGUUUGGCGAACGGCAUGGACAGUCAUCCCGUCUGCGGCUCGGCGGAGAAGCGGAGUCACCACUGGAGAAGUUACAAGUUGAUUAUCGACCCGGCGCUGAAGAAGGGAUCACACAAACUGUAUCGCUACGAUGGACAGACUUUCAGCAUGCCCAACCCCGGGAUACCACCGGUGGACAUCGUCCGAGACCCGAGGAUCGGCCGUCUGUGGACUAAGUACAAAGAGACGGACCUGCCGGUGCCAAAAUUCAAGAUCGAUGAGUGUUAUAUCGGCCCUGUGCCUCCAAAGGAGGUGACAUUCGCCAAGUUGAACGACAACAUCAGAGAAGGAUUUCUUACGGACAUGUGCAAAAAAUAUGGAGAAAUCGAGGAGGUCGAGAUCCUGUACAAUCCGAAGAAUAAAAAGCACUUGGGAAUUGCCAAAGUUGUUUUUGAGACCGUGAAAGCCGCCAAGGUGGCCGUGCAGUCGCUUCACAACACGUCUGUUAUGGGAAACAUCAUCCACGUGGAGCUGGACCCGAAAGGUGAGAAUCGCCUUAGGUACUUCCAGCUCCUGAUGAAUGGCAGCUACACUCCGAGGACCCUGCCUGUUGGUGGAGAGGAGGCCAGAGAAGUUUCCCCUCGUAGCCUGGCAGAAGCCUUAUUGGCCUGCGAGCCCAUCCGCAGGUUAUCAGAGAGCAAUGUGUCGGCUGUGGGAGCAACACUGCCACCCAGCAGCUCCACCACUCCUCUGUCCCUGGAGACAGGGUACUCCAGCCUAAGGCAGGACACACCCCAGUCCCAGGGAACCCCUCAUACCCCACGCCAGACAAGUACGCCCUUCUCUCAAGACUCCAAUUACUCCAGUCGGCAGUCCACGCCUGCGUACCAGUCCAGCCGGCCCGAGAGCUCCGGAGGAUACAAAUCCCGGAGACACGAGAGUAAGUUCCAGGAUGCGUACAACCGCAGACCGGAGAGACCUCAGUACCGCAGCAACAUGUACCGCAGUACAACGUCUGACCAGGCUCCCUUCAAACAGCACCAACUCACCCCGCCUGAACCUCCACCCUCCACAUCCUCCUUCACCUACACAGCGCCUCCUCCUGCUACGCCCAACUUCAAGUCCGCCUUUUCGCCCUACCAGGCCCCUUUGCCCCCUGCUUUCCCCCCAUCAGAGCCAGCUUUUCAUCACCCAGCCCAAAGGGAGGGUGAGUACCUCCGACCACCACAGCCGCCGCUGGCAGCUGCCACUGACUUUUUGCCCGUCAAGGAGAGACCAGAAACUCCUCCGAUCCCCGAGCCCCCACCUGAGCCCGUGCCCCAUCCGACCACCCCUCCUCCUCAAACGCCAGAACACUGCCCCUCGCCUGGCUCCCCCACGCUGGAUUCAGAGCGCAAUAGCCUGGAUUCCCGCAUUGAGAUGCUUCUCAAAGAGAAAAGGACAAAACUGCUGCCGUUCCUUGAGGAGCGAGACUCGGACACUGAGGUGCGAAUGGAGGGAAGUCCGAUUUCCUCCUCGUCCUCUCAGCUAUCCCCAAUUCCCCCUUACACAGGCGGCUCUCAAGCUGGGCAGCAAAAUUCUCGUCCCUCCAGCACAGGCUUGGAGGAUAUCAGUCCAACCCCACUGCCAGACUCAGAAGAUGAAGAGCCAAUUCCCGGGACUGCCGCUCUGAUCAAGAGAAUCAGCUCUCCUGUCCACGAUAAGAUGAGCAACAGUGACCUCAAAGAUUUUCGAGGUCAUACUCCCACUGAUAAAAUGGACACGGGUCAUCAGUCGUCAGGAGAAGACAUGGAAAUCUCAGACGAUGAGAUGCCCGGGACUCCGAUCACCAGCGGAGACUGUGGCAAGGGCAUUGUUGUCAACUCUGCCCUGUCCCCGAUGCAGACCAUUCCCAUCCCUCCCCCCGGCUUCCACCCUCUACCGCACCAAGCUGGCUUCCCGAUCCCACAUCACCACCUGCCCCCUCACUCUGCCGUCCCGGGACAUCCUCCUCACCUGGCCGGUCAUCCUGGAGUGCCUCCCCAUAUGUUGCCACACAUGGGCCCCUACCCUCCAAGCAUGAUGCCACUAGUGCAAAUGGAGCUAAUGAACUGCUUGCGGUGGGAACAGUGGAGCACUGUUCCCAUGUCGUUCCAGAUGCAGCAGCAGAUGCUGAGUCGCAUUGCUCAGACUAGAGGGCCCUAUCCUUAUCCACAUUUUAUGGACAGUGGUGCAUCGGGGCCGUUUGGCGGGCCUUACGCACCCCUGUCUCUUAGUGCUGCACCUGCUAGUGGCAGCACAGGGGCACCGGGACAACAGUGGCAGCAUCCCAGUAUACCAAAGUUCAACCCCACUGUUCCUCCUCCUGGAUAUGAGAGUAAAAAGGAGGAUCCGCACAAGGCCACCGUUGAUGGUGUGCUGCUGGUCAUUGUUAAAGAGCUGAAGGCCAUCAUGAAGAGAGACCUCAACCGAAAAAUGGUGGAGGUGGUGGCUUUUAGAGCCUUUGAUGAAUGGUGGGAUAAGAAGGAACGCUCAGCAAAGGCAUCUUUAACUCCAAUGAAGGGUGCGGAGGGGAAAGAAGAAGAGAGACCCAAACCCAAAGAGACGAUGGGUUCAAGUCUGCUGGAGAACUGGAACAAGGGUGAGGGACUGGGCUACGAGGGAAUGGGCCUGGGAAUCGGUUUAAGAGGGGCCAUCCGGCUGCCCUCCUUCAAGGUGAAACGGAAGGACCCACCUGAGGCCGCAUCAGCAGGCGACAACAAACGAGCCCGACCUUCCACUCCGGUGGAUGACGAGCUGGAGGAUGAAGACCGAGAUCGAGAUCCAGCUGAGCUCCCGACGGAUGAUUCUAAAAUGGACGGCGAUGGCAUGUCUUCAAAGCGACGACACUCGCGGCCACUUGAACUGGACAGCGAGGGAGAGGAGGAGUUGGACACCUCGGGGAAGGAGGAGGAGUCUUUGUCCGACAGGGAGGAGGGACCUGAUGAAACAGAGGCUGCGGACAGGCUGCUGUCAGGCAAAGAGAGUGGCGAUGAGGAGGGUGAUGAUGAAGAGGGAGGAGACUCAUCCAGUGAGAGCGCUUCCUCAGAUUCGCCUGAUGCUGAAGCCGAGAGUUCAGCUUCCUCCAAGGCCAGCUCGGACUCCUCAGCAGAAAGCUCGGACUCCUCUGAGUACGAGUUAAGCUCGGAAGAGGAUGAGGAUGAGGAGGAAGAAGGGGAGGCAGCAGCAGUAGACACUGAGGAUGAAGGCAAAGAAGCUGAGACGUCCUCGUCCUCUUCAUCGGCAACAUCUUCGUCUUCUGAUGAAGAGGAAGGGGAGGCAGAGGCCAAGCCACCGAGCCCUCCUGCAGGACUGGUCCUUGACGACAAGGAGGACAAGAGAAACAGGGAGGAGCUAAGCAACAAGGCCAAACACAGACCUCCAAGUCCUGAGGAGGCGGUAAUGCCACCAUCGCCUAAAGGCAUCCCAGUCAAGGAAGACAUCAGAGACAGGAAAAUUCCUGUAGUGAAGUCUGAACCUCAGGAGCAUGUAGCGAGCCUUCGGCCACCCACUCCCACAGGCGCCCUGCCCGACGGCGACCAGGACUUAAAAGCCAAAGGUAAAGCAGAGCCCGGGGAAGUAGCCUGCACCCCUGGUCGACUAGCCCCACCUCACUUAGACUCGAGCACACCUGUCCCAAAAUCCGUCUCCACACCUUUAAUGCACCUCCCUCUCCCUCCUCACCCGGCAAUAGAAGGUCGUACCCUCCUUCAUCCGCCCCCUGGUCCCCUACCUGACCUCCAACAGCGGACUAGACUCCCCACAGAUGAGGAUAUCCCCCGCACGCCGGGCAGAGACCUAAUGGAGCGUGCCCGAAGUCUGGGCAAGUCCCAGAGCACCGACACAGUGCCUAACACACCUGGUAGUGAUGCCCCACUUACGGGCAGUAGCCUGUUGCUUAGCUCCCCUCACAUCCCCGGUAGUCCAUUUUCCUACCCUGCUCAGUCCCCUGUCCUCAGUGCUGGAGUCCCCCGCACUCCAGGUAGAGACUUAACCUUCACCCCUGUCUUCCCUGACCCCACAGCAUUAACUCUUAAUAGAAAAGUAUCCUCUGAGAGUCUGGAUGAUAGGCCAGUUUUUAAGGAGCCCCCCAUCAGUGCACUGCCUAACCAAACCCUUUCAGCUGGUUCAGAGCACUCAGCCAGUGUCCCUGAAGAUCUACCUGCUGGUCUCACUAUAGACGUACCUGUGCCAUCAGACACUGCCCCAUCAAAGAGGAAACCUGGACGACCCAAAGGCAAAAAGAUCCCAGCUGCCUCUGCGGCUGAUGAGUCUUUGGAGCUCUCAUCUGAGUCCACCCCUCUGCCUCACGACGCACAUCUCGGAGAUCUGUCCAUGCAAAUGAUGUCCGCCAAGUCUCCCGACCACCCGAUCCUGGACUUCCGGGAAAGAGAGGAGGAGCCUCAGACAGUCCUGCCUGCUGAAGACGGCUUCCUGUCCUAUGAAGAGGAGACUCCCGUGGCCACAAAACCUGCUCGGAGGGCGCGGCGAGGCUGGGAGGAGCUGCUGCUGGGCAGCCUGUCCCCCGUCACCACGCCUCCUCGGCCAUACUUCAACCCACGCUCCGAGUUUGAGGAGAUGACCAUCCUGUAUGACAUCUGGAACGAGGGCAUAGAUGAGGAGGACAUUCGGCUUCUGCAGAUCACUUAUGACAAGAUGCUCCAGCAGGAUAAUGGCAAUGAUUGGCUCAACGACACGCUCUGGGUCAACCAUCCUCCUACCAACAUCCCUGGAGUGAAGAAAAAGAGGAGAGACGACGGCAUGAGGGAUCACAUGACCGGCUGUGCCAGGAGUGAGGGGUACUACAAGAUCGACAAGAAGGACAAGAUCAAGUACCUUCAGAGCACACGGCUGCAGUCGGAGGAGCCGCCCGUCGACACACAGGGUAUGAGUAUUCCUGCACAGGUCCACGCCUCUACCAGAGCUGGCUCGGAGCGGCGGUCGGAGCAGCGACGCUUGCUGUCCUCUUUCGCAUGUGACAGUGACCUGCUGAAGUUCAACCAGCUGAAGUUCCGUAAGAAGAAGAUCAGAUUCUGCAAGUCACACAUCCACGACUGGGGUCUGUUUGCUAUGGAGCCCAUUGCUGCUGAUGAAAUGGUGAUCGAGUACGUUGGACAGAACAUCAGACAGGUGAUUGCGGACAUGCGGGAGAAGCGCUACGAGGAGGAGGGCAUCGGUAGCAGCUACAUGUUCCGUGUUGACCACGACACCAUCAUAGAUGCUACGAAGUGUGGCAACUUCGCUCGUUUCAUCAACCACAGCUGCAAUCCUAACUGUUAUGCAAAGGUCAUCACAGUGGAGUCUCAGAAGAAGAUCGUGAUCUACUCCCGGCAGCCCAUCAACGUCAACGAGGAGAUCACGUACGACUACAAGUUCCCCAUCGAGGACGAGAAGAUCCCUUGUUUGUGUGGGGCAGAGAACUGUAGAGGAACGCUGAAUUAACAUCUGGUCGAAGUCAGAAGAAUCUCCUACAGGGUGUUAAAACACUUUCCAUAAACUUUUCUUCAAGUUUCCCGGACACACACACACAGACUCCCACGCCAACGUCCCCCGGACCAGAGGAGACUGAAGAAGGGAAGGUUUUUGUUUGGGAGCGAGGAGAAGAAACCUGCGGGUCGCCUGGAUAGAGUUUAAGCUACCUGUAUGGCACUCAUCACAUAUUUAACUCUAGCUUGUUUACGAUUUAUGGUGCUCUUGAAAUGAAAAAUGCAUAGUUUUUUAUGUAUGCCAGUGACCCAGAAUUUACAAAACACUUGACUUGCUGGUGCAGCAUUUCUUCCUCUCCUCUCAACGUCGGACAGUAUUUGAGCACAGCUCCUUCCACAUCGAGUCCUGGUUUGUACAGUUCAACACUUUUUUUUUUCCCUCUCAUUUGUCUCAUAAGCUUUACAUUACACCACACGAUACAAACAAAAACAAAAAAAAACAAACAAAAAAAAACAACAACAGACUCACAUGAUCAGCUGCUUACUAACACUGUUGAGACGCACAAGCCCACCAGGAAAACACCUCUCUGUGGGAGAAGACGUGGUCGCCACCCACCUGAGCAAGAAUGACAGACGGCGUCCCUUCCAUUCAGGGGGGAGGACGACGGAGUGUCACACCCCGCCCCGCCGCGAACUGCUUUCUUGCUCCUACCUCCUCUGCACCAGUUUUCUUGGAAAUCAAACUAAUGGAAAAAAAAUCCUGCCACAAAAUCUGAAAAUUUUGGAAAUCACACUUGCUUUCACCAGCCGGAAUGGAUCGUGCUGCUUCCUAUUAGUUUAUGCAAAGUUAAAGAAGACGUGCAAAAUUUGUAUUAAUGAUAUUCCAGUGUUUUCCAGUUUUGUUUAGGUAGUUCUCUUCUUGCUUGUUUCCUUCAAAGACACUAUAUCUGUGUGUAUGUGUGUGUUUUUGAGAAAGAGAGAAUGUGUGUGUCAGACUUCUGAUUUGAAGUAUUUAUCAUCACAUCUUAGUGUGUGUGUGUGUGUGUGAGAGAGAGAGAGAGAAUGUGAGUGCACUGCCCCCUGUAGGCCACAGCGCAGAAGGCUGACGAAUCCUGCAGAGCAAGAAAAUGAAAAUUGAAUCACUUCCUGUCUGCAUCCACAGGGCAGCAUCUGAAAAUACUUGCUAAACUUUUGGAGGAAAGAUUUAUCUUCUCAUUUUAAGUGCCAUAGGAACGUGUAACUGUCUUUGUUUAACCUGAGCAGACAGGUGACAGGUGUAAAAGUCUGUGCAUGUGCAAAACGUUGCUGCCUAUUGUUUUUCUCUGGCGCGCGUGUGUGAGUGUGUUUGAUGGUGUUGAUGUUGAUGUUGUUUUGGCUUCCUUCAUCUGAACCCGAAGUCUCAUGUCUGGUCUGUGUGCUCAUAGAUUCCUCUUCAGCUUGUUACUCUACCAGUGUUUAAUGUUUCCCGCGAGACAGAAAGUGUUUCCACGACCCAGCAGACCUCCUCAUCGUAGUCUACGAAGGCCGUUCUUUCUUUAUAAACUCAUUAAGAUAAAAAAAAAAAAAAAAAAAAAUUGUGAAUGCACUCGAGGCUUGCACUUCUGCUUUACGCCCU